AUGCCGGGCUUGAUUGUAGAGUCGAGAUCAUCCUCGGAGGGGCCCCAUGCCAGUAGGCAGGGUUCUAGCCGAAACUCUGUGAUAGAAGAUGACUAUCAGGCCGCCUCCUUUCCCGGCUAUGCGGAGAAACCCCUCGAUGAGCAGUUGGAACCAAUCGCAGUGGUUGGAAUGGGUUGCCGAUUACCAGGGGAUGUUGGAUCACCAGCCGACUUUUGGGACAUGAUGAUGAGCAAGGGAACCGGCCAAACACCGAAGGUCCCAGCUUCACGAUUCAAUAUUGAUGCACACCUUCAUAAGAACAAUGAUCGUCCUGGUAGUUUCGGUGUCCCGGGUGGUUAUUUUCUCAAAGAGGAUCUUACGGGAUUCGACCCAACCCUUUUCAAUAUCACCCCUAUUGAGGCUAUGUGGAUGGAUCCACAACAGCGCAAGCUUUUAGAAGUCGUUUACGAGGCCCUCGAGUCUGGUGGUAUCUCACUUGACGCCAUCGCAGGCACACGGACUGGCGUGUUUGCUGCCAGCUUCACGGCUGACUGGCAGCAGAUGUCAUUCAAGGAGUCUUCCUUUCGACACAGUCUGGCCGCGACAGGUGUUGACCCUGGUAUUAUCAGUAACAGAAUCAGCCAUGUUUUAAACCUCAAUGGACCUAGCAUUGUAUGCAACACGGCCUGCUCAUCAUCGGUGUAUGCUCUGCAUGUUGCAUGCAAUGCCCUACGGAACAACGAGGUCGAAGGCGCCAUUGUUGGAGGCACCAACUUGAUUAUAACUGUUGACCAGCACAUGAACACGGCAAAACUCGGAGUGCUGUCGCCCACAUCAACAUGCCAUACCUUCGACGAGAGUGCUGACGGCUACGGCCGUGCCGAGGCCGUUGGUGCUGUCUAUCUCAAACGCCUCUCUGAUGCCGUACGUGAUGGGGAUCCAAUCCGUGGUGUGAUCAGAUCUAGUGCCACAAAUUCUAACGGUAAGGUUCCCGCCGUUGGCAUAACCUAUCCAAACAGAGACGGGCAGGCCAAUGUGAUUGCGCACGCGUAUGAGCGUGGAGGUGACCUUGACCCCCGUCUGACGGGAUACUUCGAGACUCACGGCACUGGAACAGCUAUCGGUGACCCCAUCGAGGUUGAGGCUGUGUCGAUAGCCAUGAACAAGAAUCGCCAGCCUGGCGAUGAGCCGUUGUGGAUAGGAGCUGUAAAGACCAACAUCGGUCACAGCGAAGCUGCCAGUGGGCUGUCUGCGCUGAUCAAGGGCAUCCUGACGGUCGAGAGAGGCAUUAUCCCGCCGACGCGUGGUGUUGUGAAGCCAAACCCCAAGAUUCAGUGGAAUGAUUGGCAGGUGGCAGUAGUCAACGACCCUGUGCCUUUCCCAGCGCACCUUCCAGUAAGGCGCGUCUCUAUUAACAGUUUUGGUUAUGGUGGCACGAAUGCCCACGUCAUUGUCGAGGCCGCCGAUUCCCUGCUGAAGAGGGAGCAGACAUACAAGUACAUCGAUCCACAUGCUGGCAAGAGGCAAAAGACCGCCCCUCGGCGUGCUGCCGAUCGCAAGCGUCCGUUCCUGCUACCCUUUUCGGCCCAUGACAAGCCUACACUCCAGCGUAAUAUUGCGGCCCACGGGAAGGUCGCCGCCAACUACGACCUUAUAGAUCUCUCAUAUACUCUGGCCAACAGACGUAGUGUCUUUUCAAGCAAGGGCUUUGCCGUCGUCAGCCACAAGACGCUCGAAGACGUCUUCAGUGAGGUGACUGCCAACUUCUCUUUCGCCGACAAGAAGAAGACGUCAACCGUGGGAUUUGUCUUCACUGGCCAAGGAGCGCAGUGGGCGCGUAUGGGAGCCGACUUGAUGGCUAACAGCCCUCGGUUCCUCAGAUCAAUACGCGUCUUGGACCUGGCCCUCGAGGAACUCCACGAUGGCCCAGGAUGGUCGAUCGAAGAUGUCCUUUUGGAGCCAGCUGAGACCUCCCGGGUCAACGAGGCUGAGUUCUCCCAACCCCUUUGUACUGCUGUCCAGAUUGCGAUAGUUCAGUUACUAGAGUACUGGGGCAUACGACCAGUGGUAACUGUCGGUCACUCCAGUGGAGAGAUGGCUGCUGCUUAUGCCGCUGGUCUCAUAUCGGCUAGAGAGGCCAUCACGCUCGCCUAUUAUCGUGGUCUGGUCACCCGUGAUGUUAAUACCAAAGGUGCUAUGCUAGCAGUUGGACUAGGUGCCCCGGCGGUUGCACCAUACCUCAAAAGCUACGAGGAGCAGGUGAUUGUUGCCUGCCAUAACUCUCCCUCAGGUGUGACUCUUAGCGGAGACGCAGAUGCUCUGGAGAAGCUCAGGGCUACGCUCGUUGAUGAUGGCAUCUUCGCACGUAACAUCCCUACCAAUGGAAAAGCGUACCAUUCUCAUCAUAUGACUCCUGUUUCAGCCAAAUACGAGAAGCUCGUUCGUGCUGCCAAGAAGUACACGCCGUUCGACCUCGCUACCCCUACGACAGCGAAAAUGGUCUCAUCGGUCACAAACAGUGUUAUGCCGCAGAUGACUAGCUUGGACGAGACGUACUGGAGCAAGAAUCUGAGAAGUCCCGUUUUGUUCAAUCAGGCUGUUCAAACUAUUCUGACCGCCGAGGAGUUCUCAAACGUAGACUUAUUGAUUGAAAUCGGGCCCCACUCCGCCAUGAAGGGACCGAUCCAACAGAUCAAAACGGAAUUGAAAUCGUCUAAGGUCGAGUACCUCCCAACGCUGUUGAGAGGAACGGAGUGUGCAACCCAGCUGCUGAAGCUUGCCGGGGAGUUGUUUCUGCGCAGUUACCCCAUCGAUAUGGAGCGUAUUACAACUGCAUACGUGGAAGAAACAUCUGGUAGCAGCAAGUUAACUGCCAAGAAGGGCUCCAUCAUCGUCGACCUCCCUCCGUACCAGUGGAACUAUACGCGACCAUACUGGGCAGAGAAUCGCGCCAGUCGCGAACAGCGUGUGCCGAGCUUCCCGCGACACGACGUGCUUGGCCAACUUGUUGUCGGAGCUUCCUUGACAGAGCCGACGUGGAGAAAUGUACUUCGAACACGAGAUUUGCCAUGGCUGAAAGACCACAGUUUGGGCGGCGAAACCGUUUUCCCAGCUGCCGGGUACUUUGGUAUGGCUAUGGAAGCCGUGACUCAGCUGAAUGAGUUGAGCAACGGGAAGAAUAUCGAGAGUUACGUUUUACGCGACAUCUCGAUCCAGAAGGCUCUUGUGACACCUGACACUGACGAGGGCAUCGAAGUUCUGCUCAACCUCCGUCCCUCUGUAUACAGCGGAGACUCAGUAACAUGGUGGGACUUCGGUGUUUCAUCAGUUGACACUGAUGGCACGGUGAAAGAACACAUGGUCGGUAGUAUAGCGAUCAAUGCACGCCCUCGGGGCACGAAACCACGGGAAGUACCGCACUCGACCCAGCGCGCCAGUGGGAAGGCUUGGAACGAAGCUCUGCGUGAUGUCGGGUUUGACUACGGACCGACUUUCCAAGAUAUGGACGACAUACGUUUUGACGGCAAGGGCUAUUGGUCAAGCUCUACCACCAAUAUCAGAACGCAAGUUGAUGAGUCACUAGACGAGUCUCGAUAUCCGCUGCAUCCCGCUUCGAUCGACUCCGUCUUGCAGUUGUGUAUUGCGUCCAUCCACGCAGGACGAACCAAGGCCAUGGAAUACGGAGCUAUUCCCAUCCAGGCAGAUGAGGUGACAAUCUGGCCACCAACUCAAGAGCAGAUCAAGAGUACCAAAGCUACCGCCUACGCUUGGUGCGAUCAACGAGGCAUCCGUAACUUUGAGACAAGUGCCCAGAUGACUGCAGACGACGGCGAGCUCGUGGUUGAAAUUAAGAGCCUUCGAACUGUGAGUUAUGAGGCUGGAGUACCCCAAAAGCCGACAUCUGCUCUAAGCGAGGCACCUUAUGGCGAAGUGGCAUGGGAGGUCGACUUCGAUAGUCUUCAGACCGAAUCGGAUGUCGCUGGUUUGACUAGCUCGGACUUGGUAUCUCUGGCUCUGUUCAAAUACCCCGGGUGGAAGGUCUUGCACCUGGGUUCCCGCAAUGUCCAGAACAUUCUCCAGAAGAAUCCAAGAGCUGCCUACACCAUUGCAGUCACGACUGAUUCAGAAGCGGAUGCACUCAAAGCAUCUCUGGCGGGCCACCAAGGUGCGAAGAUUGUCAAGCUUGAGGACACCUAUUCGUCGAAUGCUGGGCUAUAUGACAUCCUUGUCGCAGACGAGGAGGCUUUCGCAGCAGCGGAUAUCCUUCCUCAAGUCUGGCACACACUCAAGACACGUGGUUUUGCUUUCAUCGACCGCAUUGAUGACAUCCGCCAAGCUGGACUUGGCCAGUUCGCAAGUGUGUUGAAAAGCAGUGCAGGCACAACAAUCGCCCGUACGGCGGAUGCGAGCACCAACGGGCAUGCGAAUGGAGUCAAGAAGACCAAGCGCUCCGCCCAGGUGAUCUACCGCAACUCGUCGGACGGCAAGGUAUCAAUGAUUAAGGAGGCUUUGGAAGCUUUAGAAUGGUCUAUCGAAGUCACAUCGCUGGAUAAGGUUGUUGAGUCCGGUAUCAAGGACCAGGUUAUCUUACUUGCUGACUUUGAGGGUCCUCUCCUGCGCACGAUAACGAAGAAAGAGUUUGAUUCUGUCCGCGAGAUAAUCAGCACAUCGUCUUCUCUUCUCUGGGUAACGACUGGUGGUCUGCUUGAUGGGAAACACCCAGACUUCGCCAUGGUACCAGGUCUGGUAAGGACAGUAUCGUCUGAGCAGGCAUCUCUCGACUUCCGAACCAUUGACAUUGAUCUUGACAAUGUGACAACCGACCAAAUCGUCAGAUCAGUCAUUGAAGUUACUGAGAAACAGGCCACUGGGAAUGAGGAGAAUCCUGACCGUGAACUAUUGGUCUCCAACGGAAAGAGAUAUGUCAGUCGACUAAUUCGGAACAAUGAACUCAACGCCAAGUUCAUGACUGGCGAGCCCGAGCCAAAGCAAUUCUCUCAGGUUGACCAUAUCGAAGGCAAAGUCACUGCUGGUAAGGUAGUUUUCCAGCAAGUGACUGGUGCUGAAGAUGAGGUCAAACCUGGACACGUUGAGAUCCAAGUUCAAGCCAGCGGGUUGACCAAAGAGGGAGUCCUGGUCAUUACGGGCUACGACUAUCCUGUUACGUUCAGUCACGAGGUUGGUGGUGUCAUCCAAAGAGUUGGGGCUGGCGUCUCAGACCUAAAGCCGGGUGAUAGGGUGGUCGGAAUACACGCUGGCAAGUUCGGCAGUUACGAGCAGGUACCAGCUUCUAUACUCUGCAAGCUUGAAGAAAACGAUGACCUUGCUGCGGCCGUAAGUGUUCUGACGGCCUAUACAUCAGCAUUUUACGGCUUGGAAACUCUCGCAGGGGUAAAACCAGACGAGAAAGUCUUGAUCCUGCCAGACACUGGAACAAGUGGUGUCGCAGCAGUGAAAAUCGCUCAGGUCCUGGGAGCAGUGCCGUAUGUUAUUGUCAAUGCAGCAACAGAGGUUGAAUUUCUUCAGAAGGAGCUUGGACUUGAUGCAAAGCAAAUCCUCCAGAUUUCUAGUGAUUUUUCAGCUCUCGAGAAGAUGAGAGAACUCAUUGGUGGGGAUGGUGCAGACGUUGUCUUCAGCAGUGGAAGCACAGACGUGAAUAUUGCUCGUGAGGCGUGGCGUUCUACGAAACGAUUUAGCCGCUUCCUUGACGGCGGCCGGAAGGACGGAUUGCGACGAAGCGCCUUAGAUGGGAUUCCGGUACAGCGAGGCGCCUCCUAUCUACCAUUUGACAUUCUCGAACUAUACGAAGGUCACCCCAAGGCCCUGGCGAAAUUCCUGCCGACCAUACUCACACUGCUCCGGGACGGAUCAAUCGUAUCUCCUGGGGUGAAGCAGUCCAUCAAUUUGGCUGAUCUUAACAAAGCUGUUGCUAGCUUCUCCGACAGACUAGGUGCUACCAAAACAAUUGUCCAGUAUGAACCAUCUGAGACCCCGCUGAUGGUGCUGCCUUCAAGACCCAAGCUCAGUUUCAGCCCUGACUCAACGUAUCUGCUCGUUGGCUGCUUAGGUGGUUUAGGUCGAAGUUUGACAUCGUGGAUGAUGGAGUCGGGUGCACGCAGAUUCGUCUUCCUCUCCCGCUCUGGUGCCGACUCACCAUCUGCCGCCAAAUUGAUCAAAGAUAUCGAAACUUCUGGAGCCAGCACAAUAGUUGUUAAAGGCGAUGCUACCUCGCGAGCGGAUGUCGUCCGCGCUGUUCAGGAAGUUUCUCCAAGCUACCCCGUGAGGGGCGUUGUCCAUGCGGCAAUGGUUCUAAGGGAUGGACUAUUCCAAAAUAUGAGCUUCGAGAAUUGGACCACAGUUGUUCAACCAAAGAUAUUGGGUGCUACCAACCUGCACUCUGUCCUGUCCGAUGAGCCUCUCGACUUCUUCCUCAUGACAAGCUCCGUAUCUGGUGUCCUCGGUAACCCUGCCCAGAGCAACUACGCUGCUGCGAAUAGCUACCUGGAUUCCCUUGCUCGUCACCGCCACGCCGCUAAUAAAACGGCAGUUUCAGUCAUUCUUCCCAUGGUCUUGGAAGUCGGUGUGGUGGCUGAGAACGCCGAACUAGAACACUCGCUCAAGCGCAAGGGCAUGUAUGGCAUUGAUGAGGAGCAUCUUCUUGAGGCUUUCGCCGCCGGCAUCAUAUCAAGCAAAUCCGAUAAACCUGUUGACCACGUGGUAGUCGGACUGGAUCCGGUAAAGCUUCAGAAGGCUGUGAACGAUGCCGCCGUUACGGAUAGUUUCUGGCUCGACGAUGCGCGCCUGAGCCACGCCAUUCACGAUAUGAACUCGUCAGCUGAGGACUCUUCCGGUGGCAGUGGCUCUGCACAAAGUAUUCUGGCCGUUGUCAACGCGGCUUCCUCCCCUGCCGAAGCAAUUGGGGCAGUGACAGAGCAUUUUGUUGCGAAGCUUGCUCGGAUGUUGCUUCUUGACGACGACGCGUUCGAGCUGGAUGUCAAAUCCAUCGCGGCAUACGGUAUCGAUUCAAUGAUCGGUGCUGAGCUGCGAAAGUGGAUUUACAAAGAAUACAAGAUGGACGUGCCGUUUCAGCAACUGCUUGGACCGACUUUGACUAUCACUAAGUUUGCGACACAAAUUUGUGCGACUCAGGGAGUAACUUUGUCAUAA